AUGACGUCUAUCGUCAAGUUUCAGUCAUUAUCUGGAUUUGACGAUGAAGCUCCUCACUGUCACUUGCUUCAAAUCGACGAUUUCAAAUUUCUUCUCGACUGCGGCUGGGCCGAGCAGCACCACGAAAAAAUCAUCGAUGGACUAAAGCGACAUGGGCGACAAAUCGACGCAAUUUUAAUUUCUCAUCCUGAUCUUCUUCACUGUGGAAUGCUCCCUUACUUGGGCAAGUUGGGAAUCACUUGUCCGGUUUACAUGACGAUGCCUACCUGUAAAAUGGGUCAAAUGUUUCUCUACGACUUGGUUUUGGCGAGAAACGCAGUUGAGGACUUUGAAAUGUUCACCCUCGACGACGUAGAUGCCGUUUUCGACCGGGCAAUUCAACUCAAGCACAAUCAAACGGAAGCUGUACGAGGGCAAGAUUAUGGCUUACAAAUUGUUCCAGUUCAAGCUGGCCACAUGAUCGGCGGAACCAGCUGGAAGAUCGUGAAGGACGAGGAAGAACAGUUCGUCUACUGCGUCGACGCGAAUCACAAAAGAGAAACGCAUCUGAACGGAAUCCAGCUCGAUGCUUUUGACAAACCGACACUGAUGAUUACUGACUGCUCGACUUACGGCUAUCAGCAAGAAAGACGAGCUACAAGAACAGAACGCCUUGUUCGACGGAUUCAAAACACCACUACCAAGGGCGGAAACGUCCUGAUUACGACAGAUACCGCCGGCCGAGCGCUAGAAAUGGCUCUUCUCUUGGAAGGACUCUGGAACGAUGAGCGAUUCAACCUUUCCCGCGUCAAUCUGGUCAUGAUCUCAAACGUAGCUCCGAGCAUGAUUGAAGCAGCGAAAGGAAUGAUCGAAUGGAUGAGCGAGAAAAUCAUCUCCAGGUUUACCCACAAAAGAGAGAAUGUCUUCGACCUUACGCGGCUGAAAUUGAGAAUGUCCAUCGAAGAAGUUGCUCGUAUCCCAGAGCCAAAAGUAGUUCUUGCGACGCCGAUGGACAUGGACACUGGUUUCUCGCGAGAACUGUUCACGAUGAUGGCUGGUCACCCGAAAAACGCGAUAAUUAUGUCUAGCAAAUCUGUCAAAGGCUCUCUUUGUCGAAAAAUCAUCGAAAACGAAGGCAUGAGUUCGAUUACGCUGGAAAUGAAGCAGCGGGUGCCUCUGGUUGGACCGGAAUUGGAAGAAUUUGAGAAGCAAAGAGAGCAAGAAAAGGGACGCGCACCCCAAGAAAAGCACGCCAAACUCAUCAAGCGAUUGCAGGAAGAGUCGAGCGACGAAUCGGAUAAUGAAAAUGAAAACGUUGUUGCCAAGAAAAAGAUCGUCAAGAAAAAGCGAAUUUACGACAUCAUGAUGCCCCAUCAUCAGCAGAAGAAAGAAGGCGGUUUCUUCAAAAAAGCGCGAAAGGAGAAGUUCCCAAUGUUUCCUUUCAACGAGAAUCGAAUUAAAUGGGACGAUUACGGCGAAAUUAUCAAUCCAGACGACUACAAAACGCACGAGCUUAUUCCAGAAAGUGAUCCUUCAAAUGACGAUUUAGCUGGAAGAGAACAGUCUGUUACUUUUGGGCGACACAAUCCUAAUCAUAAGAAAAAGAAAAGAGCCGAUACCCCCGAGGAAGAGGAAAAAAUGCCGACCAAGUGUAUCAAAUCACGAGAACAGGUUUCAAUAAGAUGCAACAUCGAAUUCAUCGAUUUCGAAGGACGAGUCGACGGCGAAUCUCAACUUCAAAUCCUGUCGACUAUCAAGCCCAAAGAAUUGAUCCUCAUCCGCACGAAAGAAAAGUACAAGGACAAGCUCAUCAAAGAUAUCAAAUCAAGAGUCCAGGGAAUAAAAAUUCAUAUGCCAGUGCAUCACGAAUUAAUCGACGCGACGAAGGAAAGCUUCAUCUACCAGCUGAAACUGAAGGAUUCUCUUUUGAGCAACUUGAAUUUUGUUCGUGUUGGAAGCAAAGAUAUCGAAGUCGCGAGGAUUCGAGGAAGAGUUGACUACUUUGGCGGUCGACUUGAGCUGCAGGAAGAGUCGGAUGAGCCGAGGAAGCUGGAAAUCGAUGAUAUUCCGACUUUACAGCCUGUUUCAAAUACCUACUCGAGUGGACACGACACUAUCUUCAUAAACGAUACAAAGCUUACAGAUCUCAAGUCAAAACUAAUCGAAAUGGGCAUGCAGGCAGAGUUUAUCGGAGGAAAUUUGGUUUGCAACGAAAAAGUGAGCAUCAAAAAGAGUGCGAAUGGUGUGAUUCAAGUCGAAGGAGCUCUUUCCGAAGAAUACUUCAUCGUCCGAAAGGAAGUCUACGCCAACUACGCGAUUGUUUGA